GGGCGGUCCCAGCCGGUCUCGCCCCACACCCACGCCCGGCCCCGCGUGCGGAAGCUCCGGGCGGCGGCCCCGGGACCGGCCCCGAGCGCAGACCAUGGACCCCCCCCGGCGCGUUCGCCUCAAGCCCUGGCUGGUGGCCCAGGUGAGCAGCCGCCGCUUCCCGGGGCUGCGCUGGCUCGACCCCGAGCAGCGGCGCUUCGUCAUCCCCUGGGGACACGCCACCAGGAACCCCCCGGGGCCGCAGGACCACGACACCAUCUUCAAGGCGUGGGCGCAGGAAACGGGCCGGUUCCGGGCCGGGGACCCCCCGGACCCGCCCCGCUGGAAGGCCACCCUGCGCUGUGCCCUCAACAAGAGCCGCGAGUUCCGGCUGCUCCUGGACGGGCCCCGCGCGUCCCCGGCCCAGCCCUUCCGCGUGUACGAGCUCUGCGAGGGGCCCCCCGGGGGCGCAGAUGGGGGGGACGAGGAUGACUAUGGCUGCAGUGGGGAGGAAGACGUCAGCCAGCUGCAGAAGAUGACAGCCCUGAGCAUCAAUGACACCCAGCACGGGGGGGACCUGCUGCCCCCCUACCCCUGGCUCAAGGAGGAGCCCCCCCCCUUCGCCAGCUGCUGUCCCUCAGGGGGGCCCUUUGUGCCACCCCCCCCCGCCCUGCCCCAGGGGGAGCCGGGGGGCACCCACGGGGCCCCUGAGCUGACCCCCCCCACCCUCGCCGAGAUGGGGCCCCCCCUGGGUCCCCCGCCCGCCUGCCCGGUGGCACCGACACAGCACCUGAUGCCAGACCUGCUCGUCAGCCCCCACAUGCUGCCACUGACUGACCUGGAGCUGAAGUUCCAGUACCGGGGCCGCCAGGUCUGUGCCCUCACGGUGAGCAACCCCCACGGCUGCCGACUGUUCCACAGCAGCCUGGAGCCCACGCGGGAGCAGGAGGAGCUCUUCGGGCCGCUGACGCUGGAACAGGUGCCCUUCCCUGCUCCCGAUGCCAUUCCCAACGAGAAGCAGCGCUUCUACACCCACCAGCUGCUGGAUGUGCUGGACCGUGGGCUCAUCCUGGAGCUCCAGGGCCAGGACCUCUUCGCCCUCCGGCUCUGCCAGUGCAAGGUCUUCUGGACGGGGCCCUGUGCCAGCCCCCAGCCCGGCCCCAACCCCAUCCAGAGGGAGAUGAGGACCAAGCUCUUCAGCCUCGAGGGCUUCCUAAACGGGCUCAUCCAGUUCCAGAAGGGGCAAACCCCCACCCCACCCCCCUUCGAGAUCUUCCUGUGCUUUGGGGAGGAGUGGCCAGACCAGAAGCCCAAGGAGAAGAAGCUGAUCACGGUGCAGGUGGUGCCGGUGGCGGCCCGGCUGCUGCUGGAGAUGUUCUCCGGGGAGUUGUCCUGGUCGGCCGACAGCAUCCCGCUGCAGAUCUCCCACCCCGACCUCAAGGACAGGAUGGUGGAGCAGUUCAAGGAGCUGCACCAGCUCUGGCAGAGCCACCAGCGGCUGCCACCGGCACAGCCCCCGCCCGGCCCCUCCACCGCACCCUGGGCGCUGCCACCCGGGCCCCUGCCCCACUGAGGGGACGUGGGGGACACGGGGACACCACGGCACUGCCAGCCAGGCUGACCAGUACCCUGCGGCCGGCCAGGCUGGGGGAGCCAGGCCACCCAUCCCUGUCCCCUCAGGGUGGUGGAAUCAGGGCCACCCAUCCCUGUCCUUAUCCCUGUCCCCCAGAGCUGCUGGUGACCAGCACCCGAGGGUGCUCUGAGGGGCCAGGGCUGUGACCACCCUUGUC